AAGUUUAAGACUGAGAGAGUGAGAGACAGAGAGUAGAUCUCUUAGAUACAUUAGAUAGAUAGCUGUAAGAACAACUCCCAGCUGCUACUUCUCUCUCUAAAAACUCUCUCUCUCUAAAACUGUUAAAAUAUUCCAACGAGAGAGACGGAUGCCGUAUUGAUCAGGAUUUCACUUGCAUUUCCAUUCUUUAGAUCUGUUUAUCUCUAUUCAAACGGAUAAAAAAAUCUACAGCUGUUUUGAAUAAGAAUCAAGAUUCUUCUUCAAUUUCCCAUACCAUGGAAGCAACUGCUGGCAUGGUGGCCGGAUCUUACCGGAGAAAUGAGCUAGUCCGGAUUCGUCAUGAUUCCGACAGUGGGCCCAAACCCCUUAAGGGUCUGAAUGGCCAAACCUGUCAAAUCUGCAAGGAUGAUAUUGAACUUAUGCCGACUGGUGACAUUUUUGUUGCUUGUAAUGAGUGUGCUUUCCCGGUUUGUCGUCCUUGUUAUGAAUAUGAGCGGAAAGAUGGUACUCAGUGUUGCCCCCAAUGCAAAACAAGAUACAGAAGACACAAAGGGAGUGCUCGCGUAGAGGGAGAUGAGGAUGAGGAUGAUGUUGAUGAUAUUGAGAAUGAGUUUAAUUAUGCCCCGGGUAAUAGCAAGACAAGAAAAUGGCAGAGUGAUGAUAUGGACAUGUCAGGAUCCUCGAGACAUGAAUCUCAGCGACCGAUUCCACUUCUUACAAAUGGGCAGUCGGUUUCUGGUGAAAUUCCGUGUAAUACACCUGACAAUCAGUCUGUACGAACUACGUCUGGUCCUUUGGGUCCUUCAGAAAAGCAUGUUAGCUCAUCUCCUUAUGUUGAUCCAAGGCAGCCAGUUCCUGUUAGGAUUAUUGAUCCAUCAAAGGACUUAAAUUCUUAUGGACUUGGCAAUGUUGACUGGAAGGAGAGGGUUGAAGGUUGGAAACUCAAACAAGAGAAAAAUAUGAUGCAGAUGACCAAUAGAUACAGUGAAGGAAAGGGAGACAUAGAAGGCACAGGUUCUAAUGGCGAAGAGCUUCAAAUGGCUGAUGAUGCUCGACAACCUUUGAGUCGUGUGGUGCCUAUUUCUUCCUCUCACCUGACCCCAUAUCGUAUUGUGAUCAUACUCCGGCUUAUUAUUUUGGGAUUUUUCAUGCAAUAUCGUGUAACUCACCCGGUUAAAAAUGCGUACGGGUUGUGGCUAACAUCAGUGAUCUGUGAGAUUUGGUUUGCUUUAUCUUGGCUUCUGGAUCAGUUUCCAAAAUGGUGCCCAAUCAAUCGUGAGACCUACCUUGACAGGCUUGCUUUGAGGUAUGAUCGCGAAGGUGAACCAUCCCAGUUGGCACCUGUUGACAUCUUUGUUAGUACAGUGGAUCCUCUUAAAGAACCGCCAAUUGUUACUGCUAACACAGUCUUGUCCAUACUUGCUGUUGAUUACCCUGUGGACAAAGUAUCUUGCUAUGUUUCUGAUGAUGGUUCAGCAAUGCUGACUUUUGAAGCGCUUUCUGAAACGUCCGAGUUCGCUAGGAAGUGGGUGCCAUUUUGCAAGAAGCACAGUAUUGAGCCUAGGGCACCUGAAUUUUAUUUUGCCCAGAAGAUUGAUUAUCUGAAGGACAAGAUACAACCUUCUUUUGUGAAAGAGCGUCGAGCAAUGAAGAGAGAAUAUGAAGAAUUCAAGGUGCGAAUUAAUGCACUUGUUGCUAAAGCUCAGAAGAUGCCUGAAGAAGGUUGGACAAUGCAGGAUGGGACUCCUUGGCCCGGAAAUAAUCCGAGGGACCAUCCGGGAAUGAUCCAGGUGUUCUUAGGGCACAAUGGGAGUCUAGAUACAGAUGGAAAUGAAUUGCCUCGACUUGUUUAUGUUUCUCGUGAGAAGAGACCUGGCUUCCAACAUCACAAGAAAGCAGGAGCAAUGAAUGCAUUGAUUCGAGUUUCAGCCGUCUUGACCAAUGGUGCGUAUCUUUUGAAUGUCGAUUGUGAUCACUACUUCAAUAACAGCAAAGCUAUUAAAGAGGCAAUGUGCUUCAUGAUGGAUCCUGCGUAUGGCAAGAAAACAUGCUAUAUACAAUUCCCACAACGUUUCGAUGGCAUCGAUUUGCACGAUCGAUAUGCUAAUCGCAAUAUUGUGUUCUUUGAUAUCAAUUUGAAAGGGUUAGAUGGCAUCCAAGGUCCAGUCUAUGUGGGAACUGGUUGUUGUUUCAACAGGCAAGCACUAUAUGGUUAUGAUCCAGUUUUGACUGAUGAAGAUUUGGAACCAAACAUUAUUGUCAAGAGUUGUUGUGGCUCAAGAAAGAAAGGUAGUAAUAAGAAAUACAGCGACAAGAAGAGAUUAAAAAGAACUGAAUCCACUACUCCCAUUUUCAAUAUGGAAGAUGUUGAAGAGGGUGUUGAAGGAUAUGAUGAAGAGAGGUCACUUCUUAUGUCUCAGAAGAGUCUAGAGAAGCGCUUUGGUCAGUCACCAGUAUUUAUUGCAGCCACCUUCAUGGAACAGGGAGGCAUUCCGGCAUCAACUAAUCCGGCAACACUUCUUAAGGAAGCCAUCCAUGUUAUUAGCUGUGGAUACGAAGACAAGACUGAAUGGGGCAAAGAGAUUGGAUGGAUCUAUGGUUCCGUCACAGAAGAUAUUCUAACUGGCUUCAAAAUGCAUGCGCGUGGUUGGAUAUCAAUUUACUGUAUGCCUCCACGUCCAGCGUUUAAGGGAUCUGCUCCUAUCAAUCUUUCUGAUCGGUUGAAUCAGGUCCUUCGGUGGGCCUUGGGGUCAAUUGAGAUCUUGCUGAGCAGGCAUUGCCCCAUAUGGUAUGGCUACAGUGGAAGAUUGAAGCUCUUGGAGAGGCUGGCGUACAUUAACACCAUCGUCUACCCACUCACCUCUAUCCCUCUGCUUGCUUACUGCACGCUUCCUGCAUUUUGCCUUCUAACUAAUAAAUUUAUUAUUCCUGAGAUAAGCAACUUUGCUAGCAUGUGGUUCAUUCUCCUCUUCGUUUCCAUUUUCACUACUGCUAUACUUGAGCUGAGGUGGAGUGGAGUCAGCAUCGAAGACUUGUGGAGGAAUGAACAAUUUUGGGUCAUCGGUGGCACAUCAGCUCAUCUUUUUGCUGUAUUCCAAGGACUUUUAAAGGUUCUUGCAGGGAUCGAUACCAACUUUACUGUCACCUCAAAAGCUUCCGAUGAGGACGGGGACUUUGCGGAACUCUACGUGUUCAAGUGGACAUCACUCCUCAUCCCGCCGACCACAGUUCUCAUAAUAAACAUAGUAGGCAUUGUGGCUGGUGUUUCAUACGCCAUUAACAGCGGCUAUCAGUCAUGGGGUCCACUGUUCGGCAAGUUGUUUUUCGCUCUAUGGGUGGUAGCCCAUUUAUAUCCAUUCUUGAAGGGUUUACUCGGUCGGCAAAAUCGUACACCGACCAUCGUCAUUGUUUGGUCGAUUCUGCUCGCUUCGAUUUUCUCAUUGUUAUGGGUCAGAAUUGACCCGUUCACGUCGGAUCCAACAAAGAUUUCUGCAAAUGGUCAAUGUGGCAUCAACUGCUAGAAGGUUUUUUUGCACCGUCAUUUUGCCUUGGCCUUGUUGUAUAUAGAGUGGUGGCUAUAAACUUCUUGUUAACUUAUAUAUAUUCAUAUGGAAGGGAGUUAGAUCAAAGAAGAAGACAGGUUUAAAACUCCCUUCCAUGUCAUAAAUAUUUAUGUUUUGUUGUCAUCUUCACCCCAAAAUGUGAGUAGUUGUACUUGUGUCUGUGUCGGUUUGUCUGUUAUUGUAAGAGUAAUUUAUAGAUACCUGUUUUGUACUGAAAUUCAGAUAAAUUCAUGUUAUUCUUUGAUAAAGGUUAUGAAUAGUGUGGCCUUUUUAUUUGUA